AUGUCAUCACAAAACACAAUGGAAACCAUGAUAACAGCUGAGAGCACGCCAAAGGUAGAUUCUGUUUAUCGUGAUGAAUCACUAAUAAAAGAUACUUCGAUUACUACUACGGAUACCAAUUUAACCCUGAGCUCUACUCCACCUUCAUCUUCCAGUUUGUCAGAGGAGAAUGAAAAAAUGAAAGCCGAAAAUGAUCUCACUGGUUCAGAACUGCAAGCUACUAACAGCGUAAGAUCAGCUGCUAAUACAGUAACCGAAAUCAAUACGAAUGACGAAUCAAAGGAAACACUCAAUUCACCAAUUGACUCCUCUGAUAACAGUGAUAUGGAGUGCAAGGACAUAGCAAGAAAAUUAUUCAAUGAAGAGUUUGUGUCCAUAAGACCGGAGGAAUAUACACAGUUAUUAGCAUCAAAUGAUGAAGAAAGCAGUAGCAUUAGAAACUACUAUAUGGAUAUGUUUAAAUGGGACCGUAAUUUGCUAAAAUCAAUAAGAAUUCUAUGUUCAAAAUUAUAUUUAAAAGGUGAAUCUCAAGAAAUUGAUCGAAUCCUAUCUGCGUUUUCUCAAUCUUAUAUCAAACAACAUCCCAAUGCUUUUUUUACCAAGAAACAUGAGGAGAUUUAUAUCAUUAUUUAUAGUUUGAUUUUGUUAAACACAGCUUUGCACAAUUCUGAAGUUAGCAAAAAGAAUAGGAUAUCUCAACCGGAUUACAUUAGAAAUACCUUCACUACUUUCAGUAAGCACAAUCCUAAAAGUCAGAAAAAGUUGUCCAUUAAGGAAAAAGUUUUAAUUGAGAGAGAACUUGGCUCUUAUUAUGAUGAUUUAGCAAAAACUGAGCUUCAUUUGAAACAAUCGGAUGAAAAUACAAGGCUGAAUCGCUAUUCCAAAGACUACACAAAUGAUAUAGCUGAAUGGGAUAGUCAUUCAACUGCAGAUCCUGUUGCAAAUUCUCAUGAAUUGACGAAGCAGCCUUCAAAUUCCUCCAUAUGGUCAGAUGCAAAUAAUCGCAGGUUUUCUUUACAAAUAAGACGAGUACCAUCAGGAGCAUCUGGUGUUGCACUGUUCACAUCAGUUAGCGGAAGUAAUUCCAGAAACAGAGUCGGUUUCACUAGGGCUUUAGCUUCAGAUCAAAAUCUGGCAAGGCUCUUUAAAAACCCGAAUUACUCUCGCGUUUCUAGUGUAGCGGCUCCAGAUUUUACAAUUAAAAAUCGUCAAUCAUUGGAUCAUCUACGUGGUGCUCCGAAUAGAUCAAAUUUGAGUGGAUCUCUCAACAAGAGAGCAUCGAGAGCUUCUAUCAUAUCAAAGGAUUCAACAUCAUCUACCGCAAACACAGAGGCAUUUUCCAUCUUAUCUAUGGACACCAAUAAUAUAGAAGGAAUAGAUUUUGAUGACUCUUAUGAUACAAGACAACAGUUGGAAGAUUUCAAUGUUGAUGACUAUCAAGAUCACUAUGAUUUGACUUUAGAACUUCUGGGGUCUCCUUAUUUGAAGGAAGGACUUUUAAAAUUGAAAAUAUUGCACAACGAUCAGCAAGAUAAUAUUGCCAAUGGAGAGACAACAUCUUCUUCUGCCUCUGUCGCUUCGACACAAACGAAUAGAGGGGCCAGUAGAUUCUUUUCAUUUUUCCUGAGAUCUUCAGUUAAGGAAAGCAAUCCUGCCAUAAGUAUGUCAACGGCGGUACCAAGUUCAAUCUUGAAUAAGUUCAUCGAGAAUUUUGUUGUUGUUUCAAAAGGCGAAUUAUCACUAUAUUCAUUUGACCCAAAAAUUGUCAAGAAACAUAAGCAAAAGACCAAAAAGUUUAGGCAAAAACAAUUGUCUGUUUUGGGCGACAUAAGUGAUGAAGAAGAAGACGCGGUGGGAGAUGGUAACUGGUUGAAAAAUGCUGCCAACGUAGGAAAUUACAAUUUGUGCUCAACAUUUGCGCAAAUGGAGAGCCUGAUUGGGCAUUCGUCAAAUAAGAAAGCCAUUCUUUGGUCGUUAACAUUUCCAAAGACGUCAAAAAAAGCUGCAAAAAAAUUCAUAUUCGAAGCGGGAACGAAAGAAAUUGCGUUAGAAUUUGUAAAUACAUGCAAUUUCUGGGCCUCCAAAAUCACAGCGAUUCCAGCAUCCGAAGAAAGUGUAUCAUCUAUUGAAUAUGGGUGGACAAAUCUAGAAGGUUUAAUAGCCAAUAAAUCUCAAUUCAAGAAAUUGAAACAUAUUGGUAAGUGGGAACCUAUUUCUAGAGGUAUUUACUUGAGUAAUUUUGUAACAGGUGAAAGUCAGGGAGGAUACUCAAAUCAUGCUGGUAUGAUGAAGCAGUUUGUCAAAACUAUGAAAUACUACCAUCACUUGAAAAAAUCGUAUCACGAAUUUACUCUUUUGAGAACGAAGUUCGUUAGAUCAUUUCCUUUGAAGGAUUAUAAUUGUUCGAAUUUAUCUAGGGUUCUUAACAAUUAUGAGUUGAAGAUGACAGAAUAUAAAGAAGAAUUAAAUAAGUAUAAAAAUUAUCUAAUCAUUUUAGGUUUUGCUUUGCAACUAAGAUUCGAUUUGGAGCAACAAGACAAGGAAUCGCAAGUCACAAGUAUUGAUGAAGAUGAAACUUUAGAGCCCGAAUUGGAAGAUUAUAGCGAUGAGUUGACAAAAUUAGUAAAGUCAGAAAUUAGAAAUCUCUUCAUCAAUAUGAAAGACGUUGGGAAUGUCAUUCCAACUUUCCAAUCGUCUCGUUCUAUUCAAAACUUAACAGAGCUAGCUCGUCAGCAAGUUCCAAAUGAUACUUCGAGUUCUGCCUUUCCUUUAGUCAAGUCUCCAAAAACUUUUACUUUGUCAAACUACAAAGAUACAGAGAGCCCUAUCAAUCAGCUCUUACAGUCGUCUGCGCCGGCAGCUGAUGGCCAAAAAGACCUUUCACAUAGCUACAGUACCAACACCAUUAAAGAGGAGGAUGAACCAGACGACCAAGAACAGCCCAAAAAAACUAAUAUCAAUACCGACUAA